GGCUGCUUCCUUGGCUCAGGGGCUUGAGGCGGCGGUUGGGGAGGGGGGGAUACGCGAAGUGAAGCGGCGUUACAUUGCAGUUUAAUUCGGAUUAGGCAGUUUGGAGCUGUUACGGAGUGGGAAGGGUGAAAGUUGCGGGGGUCGGGCGCUGUGCAGGAGCUACUUGAUACGGUCGGGAGAUUUACCGCGAUACAUUCGGCUGUCUGCUCCGCCUCCCCCGGUUUUCCCGCCUCUUUUUACUCCUUGGUGAGACGGCCAUUAAUGCGAUCUUUUCCCGGGGAAGGAGGGAGAUCUGGGAUUUUACCCCCCUGCUUGUAGUAACAGCACGGAUACGCCUGGGCCUCUUUGCCUACAGCCCCCCUCCUUCAGAAGCCCCCACUCUCCAUAAAACGGUCUCUCUGGGGUUUCUUACAAAGCAAGCAGCUCGUCCCCCCCAGCUCCCACCUCCUCCGUCUCCAGUCGCUGUUUGCUGUCCGCAGGAACCAUGUCCAGGCCGGUCAGGAACAGAAAAGUGGUUGAUUAUUCACAGUUUCAGGACUCCGAUGAUGAAGACUUUGGAAGAGAAUCUGCGCCACCCAAAAAAGCCAGGGCAUCUCCAAGAGAAGUGAAAGAGAAAAGACGCUCUGGAAAAAAUUCACAGGAAGACAGUGAAGAUUCGGAUGAGAAAGAGGUCAAGAAAACCAAAAAAGAGCGUGACUCAGCAGAAGAGGAUUUUGGCAGUGAUGAGGAAUUGGCUGCAGGGGAUGGCAAAGCAGAUAAGGAUUUCGAAAGUGCAAAAAAGAGUAAAAAGGGCAAAAAGCCUGUACCUGAGAAGAGGCGUGGUUCCAAAUCAAGAAAAAGGGCAGCUCCAGAUGACAGUGAUGAUGAAAAGGAACAACGUAAAAAUGUCCGCCAACAAAGGCAAGCUGCAUCCAAGGCAGUCUCCAAACAGAGAGAAAUGUUAAUGGGAGAUGCUGGCAGUGAGGACGAGGAGCAAGAGGAGGAAGACGAAGCACAAUUUCUGGAGAAGGAUUCUGGCAGUGAUGAAGAUUUCAUGGUGGAAGAUGAUGAUGACAGUGAUUAUGGGCGAUCAAAGAAGAAGAAGAAAAUUGUGAAAAAACCUUUGCCAGAAAAGAAACAGAAGAAAGUACCCAAGCCCAGGCUAAAAGCUACAGUUCUUCCUUCAGUAACGCCCAGUCCAGUUAAGGCCAAAGGAAAAAGUCGCACUGCAGCCUCAAAAGCAUCCAAGGAAAAAUCUCCGUCGCCCAAAGCUGAGGAGGAAGAGGAAGAUGAUGAGCCAGAAACGCCACCACCAGAGAAAAAACCAGCCAGCCCCCCGCAAGAGAAGUCUGGUGAAGAGGCAUCUGAUGAAGAAGCUCAGUCCACAGAAGACUAAACCUUGUGUUUGGGGUGGGUUGGGGGGUUUAGGGUGUGAGGGUGAUUGUUUGGGGAGAUUUUAUUAAAAAACAAACAAAAGUUUAAAAAAAAAACACCAAAAAAAACAACGGAUGGACAGUUUGGUUAUAGAACAUGAAAGGCUAUUGCUUGACUUAUUCAUCUCCAACUGUCUUUAAUUUCUGUUUUAAGAGUUACAUAUGCAUCUUUGUGUUUUUUUUUUUUUAUUUUUUUUUUUUUAUCCAGCAAAAGGCGAUUCCUUUUGCCAUUUGAGUUUAAUGGUUGGUUGCUCCCAUCGCCAGUUUCAAAUAAAGCCAUGCACAUUUUUUUAAAUAAGUUUGCAUUGUGAAAAUUUUUGUCUCCCCCCUUAUCCUUUCUAAUGUGUCUUUUUAUUUUUUUUUAUUUUUUCUUCUUCUUGUUUUUACAUUAUUGGAUACAUCUUUAGUGAUAGGCGUUUUGGUAAUCUGGAGAGUAGAAUGCUGUUUAGUAGUAAUAUUGGGUUAUUUUCCUCCCUUUUCCACUAAUGGAAAGUUUGCCAACCCUUUUUUUAUUUUAUUCAAAUCCCCCCCCCCCCCCUCCCCAUCUAUCUUGGCCUAAAACAGUGACACUAAUGUCCCAUAUAUUGGCAUGUUCUUAAUGGUUUGUAUUUUUCCUGUUAUUUUCAGACACUGCUGACUUUUUUUUUUUUAAAGGCGUUGAAUUUUUUAUUUCAGUUCCUUUAAGAAAUUAAUAAAAAAUCAAAAUUUAAGUACAACAAAGCUUCUACAUUUUUAACAGUUGUAAUCUAUAAGGUGCUGUGCCACGCAACAAUGUAUUGCAGGCCUUUGCUGAGGUUUCUAUUACCCUGACCUUUUCUGCACACCUAGGUGUUCUCUAGUCACAUGCUUUUACAUUUGAAUUGACUGCUUUGAAGGUAUUGACUAAAAGAUAUGUAUAUAAAGUCUGAAAAUUGUUGAAAUACAUAAUGUAAGCAAACAUGUAAUUUUAAUUGUUGGAAGCCAUCUGAUAAAAGCUGAAAGUGAACUGUUA